AUCAUACUUUCAAAAGUGAUCUUCGUAAAUUAUUUAACCAGAAUGGGAUAAUUGCCCAUAUAAUUCAAGUUACUGAAGGAGAUGGUGGAUUAGAUUUAUUACUAUCAUAUCAGGGUUAUUAUGCUGUUCGUGUUGGUCGUAAACCAGGAAUUUAUAUGUUAUGGGAAAAAUAUAAAGAACAGAUUCAUGAAUAUCCUGGGGCUUUGUAUAAAAAAUUUAAUACAAAACAGCAGGCUGAAGAUUUUAUAAAACAAAUAGAUGAUAAAAACAAACUAUUGGUUUGGACUGAUGGUUAUUGUUUCAAUUGCAAAGAAAUAAAUGGUAAAAAACAAUAUUUAGGAAAAUUAAAUUCAAUUGCUGGUAUAGGUGUAUUUUUUGCAGAUAAUAAUAAUCGAAAUUUAUCUGAAAGAUUACCAGGUGAAAUACAAACGAAUAACCGAGCUAAAUUAUAUGCUGUUAUUCGAGCAUUAGAAAUUGUUGAUGAACAACAAGAUAUUAUUAUAAAUACAGAUAGUAUGUAUGUGAUUAACUCGUAUAACAAUGAAACACCUAAACAAAAUACAGAUCUUGUUUUUAGAUUAAAUGAUCUAAUCAAAAAACGAAAAGACAAAACUUAUUUCAAUCAUGUGAAAGGUCAUAGUGGAAAUUAUGGAAAUGAACAAGCUGAUAGAUUAGCAUACUUAGGUUUAAAAAAGAAAUUCACUAGAUUAGAAAUACCAAUAUCUAAAAGAUUAAUCAAUCAUUAUUUUAUAAAGAAAUCAGUUGAUAAUUCAGAAAAUGCAA